GCCAAGAGGUCGCGUUUUCUAAUUUCUACUUCAACGCCGUAACGCAAUUCAAGAAGUUUUCAAUGUUUCAUGUUGUGUUAUAAUAUAUUCUAACAAUGACUUUAUGCUAACUUUUAUUAAAUAAGAACUUUGCCAAAUACUGAACCGCACAAAACACGUUUUCAUUUAAUAGAAUAAAGCGUUGAAUGUUUCUUAAUUUAUAUUUACUAGUUUUAACUUGAUAUCGAAAUGAAUGCUUUGCUAGAUUACGGUUCAUCAUCGAGCAGUACCGAAGAAGAAGACAGCAGCGAUGAAGAAAAAACAAAAGUAGUAGAUCGGAAAGAUGACGAAAAGCCAAAAUUACCGAAACCAACUCUCGGUGAAAAUACCCUUCACACCUCGGUUUUUUCAAAUCCCUUUGUUGCGGAAGAACGUGCUAAAGCUGCUAUACUGGAAAAGCAUGUUAAAAUGGUUUCAGGUAAAGACAAUACUCAAAUGAUCAAUGGCAAGAAAAUAUGCUGGAACUACAGAAAAGGCCGUUGUCGGUUCGGACAUAACUGUAAAUAUGCUCACGAUUCAGACAUACAGAAGACUAAUGAAGAGUUAGAGGCUGAAAAGCAGAAAUUAAAAACGGUUGUGUGUGAAGGAGCAGGCACAAUGACAUCAGCACCUCCACCUCAAGUUGAACUUGAAGCCUCUACAGCAACAGACGAUGAUGUUUGGGAAACUAAAGCAAGUAAAAAGAAAAAAAGACCUGGACUAUCUCAAGGAAUAGUGCCUGGACAGAAAGUUAUUAAAAUGUACAAGGAGCAGAAAAUCAAAGAUAGCACCAAUAAAUGUUAAAUUGA